CGGUAAGUGGGACGACACUAGAGGGUGGUGGCGCGACAGUAGAAAGAGGAGUACUCCACUCAACGCGAAUACGUACCGUGAUAUAUUACUCAUGAGCUUCUAGUGACGUCAUAUUCAUGCAUAUUCAUUACUCGCUCCGCUCUCGAACCUUUUCAUGCUACCAUUAACAUCGCUCAAGCCUAAUAUUGUAUCCCAGCAUGCAUCACUCAUAACAUGGCCGCUCCAUGAAUGUACGUCCGUAUCACUACGUGGACUGUGUCGAUGCGAAAUAAGCACUAACCAAGGGGACAUCCGCCGACUUGAGCCAAGUCCAACUGUCUACAUGCUGGACGUGACUGGAUCAAUGGUCAACCGUUGGUCAGCCACAGGGCGCUAGCCUUUAUUCGAGACUUGUUUGGCUGCUCCAUUCAUCACCGUGCAGGCUGUGGAUAUUUACGUGAACAGAACAGGAAGGAGCAAACUCUGACGGAUACACCAGUUGAGUCCACACAGUGACGUCACGGUGCUCGAGGACUUGAACUGCAUCGGGAAUUAAGUCAGCCUUGUGUUAUCGUCAUUGAAGCAUCUGCCAUUUUGGGACGUUGGAUAAAGAGAAAAAUCAUCGAUCCUGUAUCGUCAAGCAAGAAGUGACAAGAGACUGAAGACUAAAGAAGACUGACGACAUAGUGGAUGAGAUCGAUGUUCUGUAACAAACUAGAUUGUAAAUUGUAAUUUUUGUGUGGAUUGCAUUAUUAUAUCAGUGCAGCGUAGUUGUUGGUUACCUUUAUUCCCCGGUUGUACUCAAUAGAUUCCAAAUCAUGGAUGUUUCCCAAGUCCCAGAAAAGAAAGCAAACACUCUGAAAGAAGAAGAACAUCAGCAGUCUGGGGGUGGUGGGCAUGGUCUCUCCUCAGCGCAAAAGAGAAUGGUCAUGAUGCAGCAAGCAGCCCCCGAAUCAACCGCUUAUGUUGAAACGAUUGCGGUUCGCACCACCAACCAAAUAGAACCACGGGAUGUUUUCAAGACUCUUACCUCACUGCAUCCCAUACUGACCUCCAAAAUAGACAUGGAUGGAGACAGACAGGAGUUUAUUGUUACUUUGGGUAGCAAUGUGGCCUUCGACGUCAAGCCUGAAGUCUUAGAUGCUGACAAUGAUGUUGAGGAUUACAUCAAGCAGUCAACACCAGUGAUGGAUAUUUUUCACGAGCCUCUCGUUCAGUAUCGGUACUGCAUUCAGGGAGAAAACCACAUCCUUGUACUUCAUAUUCAUCAUUUGAUUGUCGACAUCGUAACAAUUAUCAACAUAUGGAAAGAUGUCCACGGUCUGAUAGAGGGCGCCUCCAACGUUCAAGGAGCUCCAGUAUCACCUACUUCCUAUUCAACAUUUGUAGCUUGGGAGAGCACCGAACGACAAUCAGCACGACACGGAGCUGACCAAGUUUUUUGGAAAGAGACUUUCUCAAGCAUGCCAACUCGGGCAAGUUUGGCUGUUCUUCCCUUGAGCGAGUGUGAAUGGAGUGACGCAAGUGUCUGCAAGGCGAGGCAGGCCAAAAUCAUCCUCCCAAGAGAGUCGACGGAAUCGAUCAGUAAGUACUGCAAGUCGAUUGGCGUGACGCCAUUCAAGUACUAUCUGGCUUGCACCAUGCUGGUUUACCAGCGAUACAUCGGGACUGAAGACGUUACUCUUGCAGUUCCGAUUUCAACAAGACCUCAGGCGCACCAAAACACCGAUGGUCUCUUUGUAAAUACAGUUUUCUUUCGAAAAGUCCUGCGAACCGACAUGACCUUCACAGAUUACGUAAAAGAUGUUGCCAAAAGCUGGAUGGAGACGUACAGUCACUCUCAGUAUCCUCUUGAAGAGGUUGUUAAGAUCGUAAAAGAGGCGCAUGGAAUGAGUAUGUCAUCAUUCUGUUGCAUGAUGUUUGGUAGCUACACCAUGCAGACAUCUAAUGUGAUGCGUAUACCUGCAAAGCACGCCAAGAUGCCUGUAGAAUUUGACGUCAUUUUCAAGAGGGGAGAGGAGACAAUCGAAAUCGUUGUAAAUUGGGCAGAGGAAUUCAUUGAUGCAGGUGUAGCUCAGAGAUUGGCUGAAGGUAUGGUUCAUACGUUCUGUAAAGCCUAUCAACAAGCAGACGAUGUCACGCAGAGCAUUCAAGUCUUAUCUUCUGCAGAGCUGGACCUUCUUGAGUCGUUCAGUCGUCAUCCUGGGGAAAGUCAAACAAUCCCUGAACAACCAGUUCAUGUGGCAUUUGAAGACCACGCUGUCAAGAAUCCAGAGUUGAUCGCAGUGUCUUGUAGAGAUGUUUCUCUUACAUACAAGCAGCUCAAUAUUAUGGCCUCCAGCAUUGCUCAGGGUCUCCUUGAAAACACCGACCAAGUUACACUUCAAAAGAGACCGGUUGUCAUCGCCAUGCAGAAGGAUGAAUACACAGUGGCAUCGGUGCUUGGAAUCUGGAAAGUCGGUGGUCACUUCUUACCUGUUGGAGUUAGUAAUCAGAAUUCAUUGAAGGGAAUCUUUGAGAGGUGUGAGCCAGCCGCUGUGCUCUAUAACACUAGACUCAAGGAUUUAUCAAUUCCCACCACGAAGCAAUGUCCUGUCCUCAACGUCAAGGAUCUCAUCACGUGUCCUGCAGAUGAUAUGGUUCAAAGCAGAUUGGUUGGGAAGACACCUGUGGACAACUUGGCAUAUGUAAUCAGGACCUCAGGAUCGACAGGAAUUCCCAAACAAUGCAGCAUUUCUCACAGGAGCCUUGGUAUUAUAGCUGCAGCCUCUACAAAGAUGUACAACUUACCUGACAUGACAGUGAACUGUCUCCAGUGGGCACCCAUCUCAUUUGCCGUCUUCAUAGCGGAUUUGGUCAGAGCCCUAGUAUCUUCUCCUGGCCGAUUGACUAUCUGUCCAGAUGAAUUCCGGUUGGAUGUCUUCCAGAUACUGGAUCUCAUCCACGAGCAGAAUGUCACUAUGGCAGAGUUCACACCCCAGUUUGCUCGACAGCUUGUGGAGAAUGCCAAGCUCGAUCAGCUGGAAUCCAUCCAACUCUUAAUCAUUGGAUCUGAUGUACUCCAAGUACACGUCUACAGCAGAAUCAAGGAUCUUUUGAAUCCAAAUCAAAGAGUUCUAAAUAGUUUUGGGAUGACAGAGGCUACCUUUGACUCGUCUUUCUUUGAAGGACCAGUUGUGUCAAGGACCAGGAGUGGAAUGGUGCCGAUUGGGAAACCAUUUCCUGGAGUUCGAUUCCAUGUCUUGAAUCCCUCAACCUUACAACCAUGCCCUGUUGGUACAGUCGGUGAACUGUACAUCAGUGGUGAUGUCUUGGCAUCUGGGGAUGCAGAGCUAGUUCACUUGGAGCAUCUUCAAUGUGUGGCACUGAAGACAGGUGAUGCAGCUUACUGGCUGCCAACUGGAGACAUUGAUCUGAUGGGUAGACUGAAUAGCAUGGUCAAACUAAGAGGGUUCAGGAUUAGCACUAAAGAGAUAGAAAACAAGAUACUGCAACUUGUUCCUGGAGUAAAGGCCGCCUGUGUUGUUCCUAUGACUAACAGUGAAGAGUCUGGCAGCACUGAUCAGUCUUUGUGUGCCUUUCUAGUGCUUGAUGAGAGCAGCCAAACUGGUGGUAUCGAGAUAGAUCGCAGAUCUGUUUGCCAAAAGCUACAAGGUGACCUCCCGUAUUACAUGCUGCCUAAUAUUGUCAGCAUCAUAGACGAAGUGCCGCUAACUCCGAACGGAAAGGUAAACUACAAAAUACUUCGGAGUAUCAAUGAUGUUGUCAAGAUGGAGACUAAGAAGGAGACCACGGAUAACACGGUGGAAACUAAAACUGCCUCAACUUUGAGAAUGUUGUUGGCUGAAGCGAUGGGCUUUCCAGACUCAAGUCGAAUUCCAAGUGAUACAACGUUCAUGGAAUUAGGCGCCCACUCUCUCGUCCUGGUACGAUUCUCGGUGCUUCUGAGACAAAAAACAAACUUUGAUGUCAAGAUAACGGAUCUAUGUGAUUAUACAUCCAUACGAUCUCUCGCUGAUUACAUUGAACAGCAAACACGAUAAUUAUAGACGUGCAGCGCAGACGUACCCCCUCAACGGUGGACAUGAGUUCUGGCGAAGAUACAUGACCGCAUAGAACAUUCAAAUUCGAUACUCUGACGUGCGAUAAUAGUGUGUUUCGGUCUCUUCAAAUAAACAAAUAUUUGUUUGUAUUUAUGAUAUUACAGGCCCCCUAAAUCUGAUCUUGAUUAUAGAAACGAAGAAUGGAAAUUGCUCUUCAAAUUUUUAUCAUAGUUAGAGGACCGGAUGUUUUGAUCCCAGCACGAACUUUUGCAAAGGCAAGAAAAAAAUAAAAAAGAAGUAGUUUAAUUAUUAGGCUAAACAGUUGACUCCAGGAGACCAAUUUUUGUUUGUUAGUGGGAAAUUAUUUGGAAGCGCAUUCAUUUUUAAUAUAUUUUUCUUUAACUAGUCGGUAGUAAGGGUUUUAUAAGUUAUUUUAUUUUGUCGAAUCGUCGAAUAUUACUCUUGAAGUCUUUGGUGUAUAUUUGCUCGAUGUUAAGAAACUAUUAGAAUUGUUAUUACUCUCGCGCUAAACAACUGCCUCAACUUUGAGAAUGUUGUUGGCUGAAGCGAUGGGCUUUCCAGACUCAAGUCGAAUUCCAAGUGAUACAACUUUCAUGGAAUUAGGCGCCCACUCUCUUGUUUGUAUUUAUGAUAUUACAGGCCCCCCAAAUCUGAUCUUGAUAAUGUAGAAACGAAGAAUGGAAAUUGCUGUUCAAAUUUGUAUUAUAGUUGGAGGAUUGGAUGUUUUGAUCCAAGCACGAACUUUCGCAAAGGCAAGAAAACAAUAAAAUAGAAAUAGCUUAAUUGUUAGGCUAAAAAAUUGACUCCAGGAGACCAAUUUUUGUUUGUUAGUGGGAAAUAAUUUGGAAACGCAUUCAUUUUUAAUAGAUUUUCUGCAACUAGUCGGUAUACGGGUUUUAUAAGUUAUAUUAUUUUGUCGAAUAUUACUCUUAAGUCUUUGGUGUAUAUUUGCUCUAUGUUAAGAAGUUACCAGCAUUGUUAUUACUCUCGCGCUAAACAAACUGCCUAAACUUUGAGAUAAUAGUGUGUUUCGGUCUCUUCAAAUAAACAAAUAUUUGUUUGUGUUUAUGAUAUUACAGACCCCCCAAAUCUGAUCUUGAUAAUAUAGAAACGAAGAAUGGAAAUUGCUGAUCAAAUUUUUAUUAUAGUUGGAGGAUUGGAUGUUUUGAUCCCAGCACGAAUUUCGCAAAGGCAACAAAACAAUAAACUAGAAAUAGCUUAAUUGUUAGGCUAAAACAUUGACUCCAGGAGACCAAUUUUCGUUUGUUAGUGGGAAAUUAUUUGGAAACUUAUUCAUUUUUAAUAGAUUUUUCUGCAACUAGUCGGUAUACGGGUUUUAUAAGUUAUUUUAUUUUGUCGAAUAUUACUCUUUAAGUCUUUGGUGUAUAUUUGCUUGAUGUUAAGAAGUUACCAGAAUUGUUAUUACUCUCGCGCUAAACAAACUGCCUCAACUUUGAGAUAAUAGUGUGUUUCGGUCUCUUCAAAUAAACAAAUAUUUGUUUGUGUUUAUGAUAUUACAGGCCCCCUCAAUCUGAUCUUGAUAAUGUAGAAACGAAGAAUGGAAAUUGUUGUUCAAAUUUUUAUCAUAGUUGGAGGAUCGGAUGUUUGAUCCCAGCACGAACUUUUGCAAAGGCAAGAAAAAAAUAAAAUAGAAGUAGUUUAAUUAAAUAGGCUAAACAGUUGACUCCAGGAGACCAAUUUUCGUUUGCUGGUGGGAAAUUAUUUGGAAGCGCAUUUAUUUUUUAAUAGUCGGUAGUAAGGGUUUUAUAAGUUAUUUUAUUUUGUCGAAUCGUCGAAUAUUACUCUUUACGUCUUUUGGUGUAUAUUUGCUCGAUGUUAAGACAUUACUGGAAUUGUUAUUACUCUCGCCGCACUAAACAAACCAGCGUCAGAAAAAUAUCGUUGAUUUCACUGACGAUUCAAGUUUGAUAAUUUGUUUGGGCAGAACGAUAUCUUAGAAUGUAGAUUGACUGCAUAAUGGGAGAUCAAUCUUCGAGGCCUAGACUGUGAUCAUCUUGGUCCAAGUUUGGCUAUUUUUUGCAGUAAAAUCUGAGCACUAGUAACAAUGUAAUAAUAUUGUAACGAAGCUUGGCGGUCUAAGGACUUAUAAUUGGAAUGGCUUCAACUCACGGGACAGAAUUUAAUCGGUAGGAAAGAACGGACCAGUGAUGGGGGUAACAGCAACAAUAAACAGAUGAAAUAAAGAUGGAAGAUGGACACGAAA